AUGGUUCAUUUAGGUCCAAAAAAACCACCCGCAAGAAAGGGUUCUAUGGCUGACAUGCCACAAGACCUUUUAGAUCAAGUUCGUGGUCUAGAAGUUAUCUUCUCAGUCUCAACUGAAAAAUUGAGAGCUGUUACAAAGCAUUUCAUUGAUGAACUACAAAAAGGUUUGUCCAAGAAGGGUGGUAACAUCCCAAUGAUUCCAGGAUGGGUCCUAGAAUACCCAACUGGUAAGGAAACCGGUAACUACUUGGCUAUCGAUUUGGGUGGUACCAACCUAAGAGUUGUUUUGGUUAAGUUAAAUGGUGACCGUACUUUUGAUUCUUCUCAAUCCAAGUACAAAUUGCCUCACCACAUGAGAACCACUAGAAACCCUAAGGAUCUAUUCGACUUCAUCGCUUCAAGUUUGAAGAACUUUAUCGAAGAAGAGUUCCCAAAUGGAUGUGAAGACACUCUUCCAUUGGGUUUCACCUUUUCUUACCCAGCAUCCCAAGGUAAGAUUAACGAAGGUGUUCUACAGAGAUGGACUAAGGGUUUCGAUAUUCCAGGUGUGGAAGGUCAUGAUGUCGUGCCUAUGUUGCAAGAGUCUCUAAGUGAAAAGGGUGUGCCAAUUAAUGUUGUUGCCUUGAUUAACGAUACUACCGGUACUCUAGUUGCAUCUCACUAUACUGACCCAGAGACUCAGAUGGGUGUUAUCUUCGGUACUGGUGUUAACGGUGCUUACUACGAUGUCUGUAAGGACAUUGAAAAAUUGCAAGGCCAAUUGCCUGAAGAUAUCACUCCUGACACCCUAAUGGGUAUCAACUGUGAAUACGGUUCAUUCGAUAACGAACAUGUGGUUUUGCCAAGAACCAAAUACGAUGUCAUCGUCGAUGAAGAAUCCCCAAGACCUGGUCAACAAUCUUUUGAAAAGAUGUCAUCAGGUUACUACUUGGGUGAAAUCAUCCGUUUAGUUUUGAUUGACUUACAUGAACAGGGUUUCAUCUUCAAGGACCAAGAUGUUAGCAAGUUGAGAGAACCUUACGUCAUGGAUACUUCUUACCCAUCCAUGAUUGAAGAAGAUCCAUUUGAAAACUUGGAAGACACUUUCGAUCUUUUCCAAAAGGAUUUGGGCAUCACUACCACUACUCCUGAACGUAAGUUGAUCAGACGUCUAUGUGAGUUGAUCGGUACUAGAGCCGCCAGAUUAUCUGUUUGUGGUAUCGCAGCUAUCUGUCAAAAGAGAGGCUACAAGACUGCUCACAUUGCUGCUGAUGGUUCCGUCUUCAACAAGUACCCUGGUUUCAAGGAAAGAGCUGCAGCUGCUUUGAACGACAUCUAUGGAUGGGGUAUUGAAGAUCGUCACAAGCAACCAAUCCAGAUUGUCGCCGCCGAAGAUGGUUCCGGUGCUGGUGCAGCAAUCAUCGCUGCUUUGACUCAGCAGAGACUUGCUGCCAACAAAUCUGUUGGUGUCAUUGGCAAAUAA